AAUGGCUAUGGAAGAAUUCAACACCUUUAUCAAAAGCCAAGUCGAUGACAUUGACUCAAUAGAAGCCUAUGUCAACAUCAAGCGGUUUGCCAAAGUCACCGAGAAAAAAGUCCUGAACUACCUUGAGGAUGAAGUCGGCAUACUGGAUAAAUAUGCUAUAUCCGAAAUUGCGUCUGAAUAUAAAAAAUCUGUGGACGUCAUCCAGGAUAUAGAUUUUAAGGAGAUCCAGCUUCUUCACAUCAUUGGACUCCAUUUCCAGCGACUCCAAGAAAAGCUCAAGGUUAUCGUCCAGGACUCAAACCAACGUAAGUGGAAUCUUCUUCUGUCUACCAUUGUACUUAUCUUCUACGUGUCUGGUGCAGACAGCUGUGACUACUUGGAGAGAUGCAGCUGCCUGUGCACCUCCAACAGAUGUUUCGAUCUGAAAACUGGACGGUCCUGCUCUCCAUGUAAAGAUCACAAGUCUCACCUGGCAGAGACUGUAAACUGUGGAGAGAUAAAUAUAAAAAUCCCAGAAUAUGAAGAACUAAUUCUGGACUGUACUUUUGAAUGGUACGCGAGGCUGGAGGACACCUAUAACAACGUGUUCACCCUGCCUCGUGAACACAAUCCCAAAAUCACCCGGGAGCCCUAUCUAGUGAUCAAGGGCGUACAGAUGGGGGACUCCGGACGGUACACGUGUACCACCAUCCUGGACUCUGAGGUGCCAGUGAGUAAGAUCACCUAUAACGUGGCAGUUAUCAGCGAAUCGGAACAGGCGACAAAAAAAUACCAUCCUCGCCCUACACUUCCUGAUGUGCUUGACAUCACAGCGCCUGAGCCGCCACUUCUAGAGGAGCUACAGAACAACAAUGCUUCCCUCAUAGCAAUAUCUGUGGCCGGCUCCGUCACCAUCAUGCUGAUCGCUGGCAUAUGCAUCUGCAUGUUCUGGAGGAAAAUGAAAUCUAGAGAGCCUCUGGAAAAAGAGCCAGUGUGA